AUGACGUCACAACAGGGCAACAAUUUCAAGAUGGCGACUGUUUGUACAGAAAGCGAGGAAGAUGUAUUCGACGAUUUUGUACAGAACGAGCCUGUUAUUGAGCCAUAUAUGUUUGAACCUAAUAAAGGUGACGAGGGAGAUAGCAGCGGAGAUUCUAGUGAAGAUACUUAUAGUGAAGAGGAUGAGUAUAAUGAUGAAUUUGAAAGAGCGAAUGCGUGGCGCCUUACAACACUUUCCUGGUGUAAAUGCGGAAAAUGCUCACUCAUGGAAAAAACAAUUGAGUCUUUUUGUUGCUAUGAGAAGUCUCUGGAAUACGACGAGUAUGACGAUAUAUUAAAAAAGGUAGAAAUUCAAGAAUUUAUGUGCAUAACAGAUUCAUCGGCUUUUCAACAAAAUAUGUUGUCCAGGGAUGUACUGUAUGUUGACGUGUCGCAGUAUAUGGAGGAAAAUUGGCCAUUGGGAGACGAGGAACUCGAACAAACGCACAAAUUAUACAGACUUGCAUCGUACAGAAGAUGCUCAAGGUGGAUUUUUGGUAUUUUAGGGAAAAAAAAUCGGCGAGUUUUCCCUUCAUGUGUGUAUACUUGUAUCAGGAAGGAGUUUCCGUCUCCAGAUGGUUUAUACACGCAUUUUAGGUUCUCAAAAUGA